GUUGACUCGCAGAUACACUCGCAAACUCAGGUCUAAGAGCCAUGAAGGUCCUUGCUGUGCUCGUCCUAGCCGUUUUCACUGGCUGUAAUGCCAACCUGUUCUAUGCUGAUGCACCCCAGCCACAGCUGGAUAUGCUGAUUGAUGCCUUCUGGGACUAUGCUGCCAAGGCAACCCAGACAGCUGAUGACACCCUCCUGAUGAUCAGAAAGUCUCAGUUUGGACAGGAUGUCAGUGCUCGUCUGACGGAGAGUGCCGAUGUGGCCAGCACGUAUGCAGUCACCCUGCAGGAGCAGCUUCCCCCUGCAGCGCUGGACCUGAUCACCAAAGUCACCACAGAGGCCGAUGUGCUGAGGGAGCGUCUGAACCAGGAGCUGAGCACCGUCAGGGAAAAGCUGGAGCCCUACAGCGCGGAAAUGAAAGCCAAGGUCCAGCAGAGAGUGGAGCAGCUCAAACAGGAGCUUGCCCCCUACGCAGAGUCCGUGGACACCGAGGCUCUGAGGGCCACCCUGAUGCAGAAGAGUGAGGAGCUCAAGACCAACCUGGAGCAGAGUGUGCAGGAUCUGCAGGCUCAGCUGGGGCCUUACACCGAUGACCUGAAGCUGAAGGUGGACCAGCACCUGCAGGACUUCAAGGAGAGAGUGGCGCCCGCGACGCAGAAGGUCCAAAGCGAGCUGACACAGAGAGCCCAACAAGUCAAAGAGAUCGCUGCCCCCUACGUUGAGGACCUGAGGGUGAGGCUGGACCCCUACGCCCAGGACCUCCAGGCUCAGCUCACUUCCCUCUACGAGUCCUUCACCAAAACCCAAGUACCUGUAUAUCCAACCACCAUGAAGGCUGUAGCUCUGAUCCUCGCUCUCGCAGUCAUCACUGGCUGCAGCGCUCGCGUUGUGCGCCAGGCUGAUGCCACUGUGAGAUGGGAGGACACUGUGCAUCGUUUCUGGCAGUAUGUCGCUGACCUGAACCAGAAGGCUGAUGAAGUUGUGCGGGACCUGAAGACCUCUCAGAUCACCAGGGAGCUUGACACUCUGAUCACUGAUAGCAUGGCCGAGCUGGCAGCAUACAGAGAAGACAUCAAUACCAAGCUGACCCCAUACACCGAUGGCUCCACCGGACAGCUGUCUCAGGACCUGCAGCUUCUGGCCAACAAACUCCAGAAGGACAUGCUGGAUGCCAAGGAGCGCAGCACCGAGUACCUGGGUGAGCUCAAGACCAUGAUGGAGCAGAACUCCGAUGAUGUUCGCGGCCGCAUCAGCACCUAUAGCCACAAGCUGAAGAAGCGCCUGAACAAGGACACCGAGGAAAUCCGCAGCACCGUGGCCAACUAUGUGGGUGAGAUCCAGUCCCGCACCGCCCAGAACCUCGACACCGUGAAGGAGAGCGUUGAGCCCUACGUCCAGCAGGCCGGUGACACCGCCAGCAAGAAGCUGGCCGACAUCUCCACCAUCCUGGAGUCUCAGGCUGAGGGCAUCAGGACCCAGCUGGAGUCCACCGCCCAGGAGCUGCGCACCUCCCUGGAAGGCAAGAUCGACGAACUGACCGAGAUGAUCUCCCCCUAUGCCGUCCAGAUCCGCGAGCAGAUCGAGAACAUCAUGGACAAGGUCAAGGAGACCUCCAGUUCUUAGAGGAAGACUCUCUUUCUUAUUACCGUGUUACCGAUGGGGGGGAAGAGGGCGUUGAGAGUGACUCCUGACAUUUCCAUCUGGGUGCUCUUUUGUUCCGGAUGAGGGGGGUGAUGAGAUGAAACGCGAGUUGCGUCUUUGAAGGAAGGGCCAUCAGAUAAACCUCUGUUUGGGUUCCCGACGACAUCGUCACCCUCUCUUCUCUUAUCACCUCCCUUGAUCACUGAACACAAGCACCCCAGUCAGUAACAGCCUUUAACAGGAAACACUUCUGGUAAUAUGCUUUGCUUUUCUACUCUUAAUUAACAGUUAUAGCUAGCAACCCACCACCUAUCCGCCAGCUUCCUGGUUGUCUACAUAACAGCUGUCCUCAUCCCUAAACGCACCAAACAUGAUAAUGAUUGUGAUGUCAAGAGGAGGGGGGGGAGGGGGGGGCACCUGAUUUUUAAGAGGUGAACCACUAAAUUACCAUUCUGUAUUCUUUGCAUUUCUUGAUUGUUGUGCUUCGCACAGAAGAAGAUAGACUUGAUGCAUCCGUGAGUGUAAUGCUGCCUGUCUGUUCUUUAGUCUGAAUGAUGUGUCCCUUGUGUGUCACGUGCCCACCAUGCUGCUCACUGCUCAGCACACAGUGCGAGUCAAUAAAAACUUAGAAAAGAA